GAAUAAAAAGGCCCAUCAUACAUCCAUCUUCUCCGCACCUCUCUUUCCCCUCCCCAGAAUCGCUCGCCACGCCACCGCAGCCGCCACCUUGCCUCCCCUGCUUCCACACCUCUCUCCCCUUGCCUCUUCUCACCACAACGCAGCAACAGAGUCAGCAGGUCCGAGACCCGGAGGGCGCGCGAUGGGGUCGUCACCGGAGCGGGAGCGCAGGGGGGAUGGAUGAUCUUGAUUUGCUUGCCGCAGCAGCCGUAUCUCGCUCACCGGCCCGGCGACCACCUCCGACCCGGGCAGGCAGGAGCACAGUCCUCUUCCUCCCCCAGGUCUGGCAGCAGGCAACAACUAAUAGAGGUGCAGCAAGGGACUCGACUAAGUGAGAGGUCUUUAUUGCCCGCCAACAGAGGAUGUACACUCUUGUCAGCGCGGCGCUAUGGGUGGUGGGCAAGGCGCUGGCCCCCGUUGCCGAUGGCCUGCUGGAGGCUUGGGGUGCCACCAAGAACUUGGGUCUCAACAUUGAGGCCCUCAGGAUGGAGCUGCUGCUGGUGAAGGCCACGCUCGAACUUGCAGCCAGCAAGCAGAUCUGCGGCCAGGCCAUGGAGGAACUGCUGGGGAAGCUGCGGGACUCGGCGCAAAGUGCCGAGGACUUGUUGGACGAGCUGGACUACUUCCGCAUCCACGACGAGCUCCAUGGCACGUGUGACGCCGCUGACCACCAUGCCAAGGGUGGCGUCCACGACUUUGCCUUCAAUGCUCGUCACACCGCCGAAGCUGUUGGUAAAAAGGUAAGCUGUUGCGCUUGGCCAAGGGCCAGGCAGAGGUCAAAUGUCAAUUCCUCGUUAGACCCAAAAGCCAAUCAGGAGAGUGGGUCACAUGUCAGUUCCUCCUCAGAACCAAAAGCCAAUCAGGAGGUCAGCGGAUGCAUUCCCAAGCUCGGUAAAAUCCUCCCUUGCUCAUCUUCGCCAAAUGUUCGUGAUGAACAUUCUGGUCAACCAACUCUAACUCUUUGUGGUGCGCCCCAACGAGAAACACCAAUGCUGGGAUUUAAUAGGGUUGAUGUCUCUGAAAAAAUGAAGCUAAUUGUAGAGCAACUGCAGCCUGUGCGUAAAGAAGUUACCAAGAUUCUGCAGUGUUGUGACCAUAUGGCUGUCUUAGAUAUAACCCGUAAUCGUCCCAUCACAUCUGGUCAAAGCAUAGAACCAAAAUUGUAUGGGAGGGACCAUAUCAUGGAUACCAUCAUACAUGAUAUGAUCAAGGGUAAAUACCAUAGCAAGGAUCUAACAGUGCUUCCGGUUGUCGGUCCAGGGGGAUUAGGGAAGACAACUCUGAUACAACACAUAUAUAAAAACCAAGAAGUUCAAAAUCAUUUUCAAGUUGUUAUUUGGGUAUGUGUGUCGCUCAAUUUCAGUUUGAAUAAGCUGCUAGAAGAGAUUAAGGCAUGUAUCCCUAGAGUUGAAGGGGAAAUAGAUGGUAGGCCUGAAGAGCUGAUUGAACAAAGAUUAAAAUCUAAGAGAUUUUUGCUUGUACUGGAUGAUAUGUGGGAGAUUAGUAAUGAGGAUGACUGGAAACGGUUAUUGUUACCGCUCAAAGCAUCACAACAAAAAGGUAGCAUAAUUCUACUCACGACUCGUUUUCCAGCAAUAGCAAAGAUGGUUGAAACACAAAGUCAUAUUGAAUUGAAAGGAUUGGAAUCCAAAGAAUUUAGAAAACUGUUCCUUGCAUUUGUUUUUGGCGAUGAGCCCAUUAUAAAUGAUCACAGCUUUUUGCUCGAGACCGGAAAUAAGAUAAUGGAAAAACUAAAGGGCUCCCCUCUUGCUGCAAAAACUGUUGGUAAAUUACUGAGAAAGGGUCUUAAUUUGAGUCAUUGGAUAAAAGUCUUAGAAAGUAAAGAAUGGGAUAAACAGACUAGUGUCAAUGACAUUAUGCCUGCGUUGAAGCUUAGUUAUGACUAUCUUCCUUACCAGCAGCAACAAUGUUUCUCUUCUGCCGCAUUGUUUCCUGAAGAUCACAAGUACAGAACCAUUGAGCUAAUCAACUUGUGGAUAGGACUAGAUAUUUUACAGCCUGUUGGUCAGAACCAAACAUUAGAAGAUAUAGGUUUGAGCAAUUUAAGCGAUCUAGUCGCACAUGGAUUUUUCAAGAAAGAGGAAACUUAUGGUCAUUACAUAAUGCAUGACCUGCUACAUGAUUUAGCGUUGAAGGUUGCAUCUCAUGAAUGUCUUAUUGUGCAUCAUUCCAAUGUGGGUUCAAUAGAAAUUUAUCCAAGCAUCUACCACUUGGUUAUAAUCGUAAAUGUUGAUGAUACAAUGUCUCGUGAAAUCUUUAAGAGUCAACUGAGAAAACUGAAGACAAGAUUGAAAGUUAAACGGUUGCAUACUUUGAUGUUAUUUGGAGAAAUGGAUGAAAGCUUCGCCAACAUUUUGGGUGAUUUCUUUAAGGAAGCAAACGCUCUCCGCGUUCUCCAUUUGGAUAACAUGCCAUAUUCUGGGGAGACCAUGUUACAUGAUUUGCCAACACUUGUCCACCUACGAUACGUAUGUCUAGGGACAAAGUAUGGGAGGGAGAUGCAUUUACCACUUCCCAUUUCUAGAUUUUAUCAUUUAAAGAUUCUGGAUCUAGGAUCAUGGUACCACAUUCUUGACUUGCCCAAAGACUUGAAUAAUCUUGCAGCAUUGCGUCAUUUUUAUACCCGAAGUGAUAACCUUCAUUCUCAUAUUCACAAUGUGGGUAAACUCAAACUAUUACAAGAGUUAAAGGUGUUUAGAGUCAACAAAGAAAGUGAAGGAUUUGAACCCAGUCAACUAGAGCAUUUGACUGAACUGAGGGAGCUUGGCAUCUAUAACCUUGAGAAUAUACGCACAAAAGAAGAAGCAGCAAGAGCAAAACUAAUAGAGAAAAACUACUUGGAGAGUUUAACAUUAUGUUGGGAUGGUAAGGGGUCUAAUACCGAGCCUCGUGUAGAAGCAGCCAUCCUUGAGAGCCUUCAACCACAUAGAUAUCUUCAAAAGUUGUGCAUUAAAGGGCACAAAUGCCCUUCUUGUCCAACAUGGCUGGGUACUGAGCUUGUUGUUGAAGUUCUACAAUCUCUUCAUCUCUCUGGUGUUUCUUGGGAAUAUCUCCCUCCUUUAGGAAAGAUGUGGGAUCUUCGUAAACUAGUAUUGGAGAAUAUUGCCGCAUUGAAGGAUUUUGUCAUAGAGCAAUGCUUUUGGAGGCUAAUAAAGCUUGAACUUGUUGACAUGGGAAGUUUUGAAAAAUGGGUACCAUCACAGGACACUCAUCAUAUGUUUCCUCUUUUGCAAACACUGCAUAUUAGGAACUGCCCUAAACUCUUGGAGUUGCCAUUUUCAAACCAUACUGUUUGCCCAUCAGGUCAAGACUGGAGCACUGAUUGGUUUCCCAAAUUGCAAGAGCUUGUGAUAAUCAGGUGCCCAGAGUUAUUGUUAGUGGCUCGCAUUCCCUGGACUAAAACACUACGGUAUGCCAAUAUAAGGGAUGUAAAGCUACUAGGGGUGCUUGAGUACAACUCUCAAUCAUGCCAUCUUGUCAAUGUUACUGGGAAGGAUGAAAUGCACAACUUAGAUCAGGUUUUGGCAUUCAAUAAACUGGCAGGGCUCGAGUCGAUGGUACUCAAAAGGUGUCCACCUUUGGAGUGGAAGCAGCUUGUGAUGCUAACCUCAUUAAAGAAAUUGGUUUUUGAUAGUGCAGAUGCCCUGGUUGGGCCAUUAGGAGUUGAGUGUGAUGUGGAAUGGCAACACCCUGUUGAGCGUCUUGAUGUCCAGGAAUCUUGUGGUGCUAGUGGGAAGGAAUUGACCAAGCUUCUAACCCACCUCCCAAGGCUUUCCAUGCUAUGUAUCAUAAAUUGUGAAAACAUAACACAGCUGGCAGUGGGGGUGGAUCUGGAAAGAACAACAUCAGCAGCAUCGGAGGUGGAGCAGCAUAAAGAUGAAGAUGGGUUGCUACUCUUCCUGGCCAAUCUCUCUGACUCACUCCGGGAGCUGCGCAUUAGAAAUUGCCCAGAGGUGGCCCUGUUGGACCCCCCCUUCAAUUUUUUUCCUGCCCUGCAAUCCCUCGAGAGGUUACAAAUUUUUGGCAGCCCCAAGAUAUUACCUGCUGGCUCUCCUUCAUGCUGCUGUUUCCCAUCCUCUCUGCAAGAGCUUGACCUUUGGGAUGUGCAAGGCAUGGGGACGCUGGAGCCCCUUUCAAACCUCACCUCUCUCACCAAAUUAAGACUGGGGAAUUGUCGAAAGGAUCUAAGGUGCAAGGGCCUGGGGCCUCUCCUUACCGCCAGGGGAAAGCUCAGAGAUUUAAUAGUCAUUGGCAGCCCUAGAUUCUUUGCUGGAUGGGAUCCCAAUCCCAGGCGGGUGCAGCUGCAGGAUGAAUUAGGACAAGGGCAGAAGCUGCAGCAGCUUGGUUCAUUCAAGCUCUCGACGGAUGACCACAUGGGACUACUUGCUGCACCCAUCUGCAGCUUCUUGUCUUAUUCCCUCACCCACCUAAGGCUUUCUGAUAACGAUAAGAUUGAACGCUUCACCAUGGAGCAAGAGGACGCCCUUCACCUCCUCACAUCCCUCCAGCGACUUGACUUUGGGUCUUUCAGCAAGCUUCAGAGCCUCCCAGCAGGGCUGCACAAGUUUACCAACCUCAAGAAAUUAGGGGUCAUGUCAUGCCCGGGUGUUAGGUCGCUGCCCAAGGACGGCCUCCCCAAAUCACUGCAAGAAUUAGAUGUUUCGAGGUGCGACAAUGCAGAGUUAAUACAACAGUGCAGGGGGUUAGUGGGAACUAUCCCAAAAAUCAAACUCCAACCUCGAGACUGACCCAAGGCCUCUGCCUUGGAGUUCCUUUUGUACAUUCUUCUAGCCUUGUAAUUCCCUUUGCAUACAUGUACACUUGCCACAUGCAUGACAUGGGGGUCUUGCGUUCAAGUCCUUCCUUCCUAUUCUUAUGUCUGGUAUUCUUAUCUUUGUUUUCAUACGAUUAUACAUACUACGUACUUAAUUCCGGUGUACGUCACUCAUCAAGACUUGGUGGUUUAUAUGACUAAUUCGAGUGUCAAGAUAAAAAUAACACCAUGGCAUGAUUGUGGAAUAAAUCAGAUUUUGUUGUUCUACAAAUAUUAAGGUAUUCUUAGGUUCGUUCUUAUAUGCUUUUACAUAUUUUGUAUUCAAAUUUCGGUCUUCAUCACUCAUCAAAAAUCAGUGGGUGUACAUGGCUAUUUUCGGUGAGGACCAAAAUAACACCACAGAAUAAUUGCGGAAUAAACGAGACUUCGGUGAUUCACUGACGAUAUUAAGGUGUUCUUAUGUUCGUUCUCUUAGGCUUUUACAUACUUUGUAUUCAAAUUUCGGUCUGCAUCACUCAUCAAAAAUCAGUGGGUGAACAUGGCUAUUUUCGGUGUGAGGAGCAAAAUAUCACAACAGAAUAAUUGUGGAAUAUAUGAGACUUUGGUGCUUCACUGAUGAUAUUAAGGUGUUCUUAUGUUCGUUCUCGUAGACUUUUACAUACUUUGUAUUCAAAUUUCGAUCUGCAUCACUCAUCAAAAAUCAGUUGGUGUACAUGGCUACUUUCAUUGUAAGGAGCAAAAUAUCACAACAGAAUAAUUGGGGAAUAAACGAGACAUCGGUACUUCACUGAUGAUAUUAAGGUUUGCCAUUUUCUCACCCACUGCUACAUUGCUAUGAUACCAGGUGUUCUUGCGUUAACCAGUUCUCAGGUAGGGUUCUAGAUCAUUCAUCUUUACAUUUGAUUGGCACUCACAAAGAAAUGGUGGUGUACUUGGAAAGUUGAGGUUUGAGGAUGAAAAGAUCAUCAUUGCUAAUUAUGGCAAAAAAAUGACUUUUCAGUGUUUUGCUACUUGGAGGUAUGCAGUUUGUCAAAUUAUCUGCUGAAUUGCUACCGAUACGUAAUUACCUCUUGCCCUUCAAUUUUGCAUUGUCAGCGCUAUCCAUCAAGAGGCUUCUGAGCUGUGAGUGUUCUUCCACUGGAAAAUUAUGUGAUGUGGCAAGUGACCUGCUAUUUAGUCAUGUUGCUAGAGCAUGUUCACUAUUAAACCUUGAAUGCCUUCUGUUUCAAUUACUUCACCCCAACAUGUUCUUUGCGACGCUGGUCAGAAAUCAUGAAAGUCUUGUAUGAAUCACAUAUUCUAAUAUGUUUUGUAUUCACUAGUUCAUCUUUGAAAAACAUGAGGUGGUUUGUUACAAUUCAGUGAUUAUUAUUUACAGUCGUGUAUGUUCUUAUUCUCUCUCAAAAAUAAUCAUGGAAUAUUCUUAUGAGAACCCCAAUCACGUACUGCAGGUUUUCAUGUUAGUUGUACUCCAAAUUGAGCAAGUUGUCACCAAAAAUACUCACAAAGCUGCACAAUCUUGUGAGUCUGUUACCAUGGAAAAAGUUGCCAUGCAUUCUUGGGCAUGAUUUGCAUUCAAGUGAUUUGGAAGUUAUUGUGCCAUUACAUACUAAGACAUAUACUGUUGGAAGCUCAUGUCAGUUAAGAUCAUAUUUUCAACCACAUGAGAAUUGUACUGCCCAGUGGAUGCAACUUCAUCUCUCUUCAGAUCUCAGGCUAUCACUGAAAGACUAACAAUCUUCGAACUACACAGCACAAUAGCAGCAGGUCUGAAGGUGUCACUUGUGCCAAGAAUUUUCUUGCCGCUCUGUUGCUUCUUGCCUCAAUUAGUGACUGAUCUUUUUGUUGAUCAAUCUCGUUGGAAGCAACAGAUCGAAUUGGCCAAAAGAUGUGGAUGAUUCAGGCAGUCUUCCGCCUCUGCAACUGCCACCCGAAAAAAUGGUAUCAAAGUUAUACUGUACCGAUGACAGAAGUAGUUGAACUGCAUGUUUCACAUUCAGAAGCAAAUGCAUCUUCAUUCUUCAGCCCACACUGGUGACUCCUUGAUCCAAAGCGGCUGCGAAGAGAAAACUCCAACACGGCCAAUCCCUUCUACCUUCAUAUAUAUGAUGGCCCCUUCCCUUUGCCAGCAGAUGUAAGAUGGAAAGGCAGUGGAAUAUUCAGUGUUUGCUUCACGGCAAUAGAAUGUUGCUCGUGCGGCUUGCUUGAAGUCUUGCCGCUUCCUGUUGGAGAUGGGCACUGUUGAAACAAGGUGGAUGGAGGGGUAUGGAAGAUGGAGAAGAGAUGGACGAGUCUCGCCAAAUCCUGAGUGCAGAGGGAGGUGGAAGAGGAGUGCGCUGCAGGUGCAGGUGGAGAAUUAUUGUCUACCAUAUCAUCAACGGAUCGAAUUUCUCUCUAUUAAUCGUCUGUUUCUUUCAAAACAGAAACACAGGAAGAAAAAUAAACAGAGGAAGAUGAAACGGGUCUUAUCCCACACUAGAUGAAGACAUGACCUAGUCAUGCACCUAACUGAGAAAACAGAGCACUUUUCCUGUCAGCAACGGUGGGAUCAGAAAUAAACAAGAAUUAAUUAGUCAUACUAGCAGUAGUUGACUAGUUUAGUUGCUGCAUGUGGAAAGAGAGGGAUCCCUAAAUUGGUGAACAAUUUUUGCUGUCAGAGAGUGAUCCCUACCUCUGAAUAAAUAAUCAUCAAUUCCCUACAAUGUCUGGCAGAUACUGUUUUCUCAGUUAGGUGCAUGACUAGGUCAUGUCUUCAUCCAGAUUGAGAAUUUUCUAUUAGUCCUUCAUUGCACACAUACAGUUGUAUUAGUCAUUCUGGUUGAAUAGGUCAUCUCAAUGGAGUUAUUUCACCAAGGGGUAAACAAACAAACGAAAAAAAGAGUUUGUAUUUGUCUCUGUUAUUCCUCUGUUUCUUGCAGAGCAGAGGAAGGAACACUCUGGACUGCUCUUCCCUUCAGCUUUUGUAUACAACAGUAGUUUGCCAGCGAUGUGAAACAUAUAGCAGACUAGCUUGCAACCAUAGAGGGAUUCCUUCCUUGGCAAACAGUUAAUGUCGCCGAAAUUGCUCCUGGCAUAAGUAUGAACAUGGAUGCAGGCGCAUUGAGUUGUUUGGACUACAAAAUAUAUAUAAUGUGCAAUUCAUUCUCCUCA